AUGGCCUUUCCAUUGAGUCAUAGGGAUGCUGUUUUUUACAUGCGGCGCAGUAUACUAGCAAUCUCAUCGGUUCAAACCUCCGGCUACGACUCGGUCCUUCAACCACUUCUUAGUGAUAACGGCAAUGGGAAUGACCUUUCAGUUUCUCCUCCAAUAGAAGUGAAUCAUUCAGAAUUCAGUCCAGAAACUUCUCCACAUAAUGAAGCUGAUUCUCCUUCCACUAUCACCAAGGAACCAAACGGAUCGAUAGGGACGCUGAAAAGUGAGUCUACGUCUCAGAAUAAUACCUCUUCUGAUGAGAUUCCUGACAAAAUAAACACAGAAACAGAUAAAGGAAUAGAAACCAAUAAUAGUGAUCUUGAGAUUGACUCCAGUGUUGACUUUUUUUCAUCUGAUGAUGAAGAUUCAUUCGAUGAAGAGUACUCCGAUUUUCCCUCCUCUAUUGAUCCUGAACUGAGAUCUGUUCCGUUGACGUCAGAAACCACAGCAGGAACAAAAAACUUGAGCUUUGCUAAGAGGAGGAACAGCAAUGACAGCUUCAAAUCAAGAUACACCCAUAACAGGAGCCGUUCAAAAACUCUGGGAAGUCUUAUCGGUGCUUCUUCCUUCAAUACUGGUCUUACAACGGUUUCUGAACAAUUGAAAACUUCCAAAUCAUUCAACAAUUUACUCAACGCUAAUCGCUCUGAUUCCUCGAUAGGUUUGGAAGAGUCUGCCUUGACUCGAAAAACUAGAGAAAAAUAUCACAAACCAAUUUUGACCUCCAGACUUACAUUAAUGAUGAAGGAAUCACCUUUGGAGAAUUACAAGUUUGUUGGAACGGGUGAUCAUAUGGUUAAUCUAGAGGUAUACGUUCCUUCGUCCAGUCGAUAUUGUGACUCUCCAUUGGAGUUGCGUAUAAAUCCGGCCUUCACAGUAGUAGAUACAAUUGGAUACAUUUUGCUCACAUUAAGCAAGUUGCAGGAACUGAAAAGCCAAAGUGAUGAAAAUCCCAACUAUUGGAGAUUACAUGAUCCUGAUAUACCGAGCUUUACAUUGGAUCGAACACGUAAAGUCUCUUCCUAUGAGUUAGAUGAAGUAACUUUAGCCAAAGUCGAUGAAAAGGGAUUCCAAGAGAACGAACGAAUAACACCGAUGGCAUUUGUGUUUGACCCCGUUUCAACAGAAGGGGCUCCUACAACCGAUGCGGUACCUCCUCCCAAAGAAUCGUCCUUUUUUCUUGGUGAAGAUAUUGAUGACUUAGUUUUAAAUAAAACCAAGAUACGUGGAGGUAUGGGUAAUAUUUCUCAUGGUUCACAAGACUCAGUGGAAUUAGCGCCAUUCUCUUUACCAAAUCACAACCUCUUGCAUGAUCAGAAUGUACCAAAGGAAAUCACGGACCUUAGCGCUUAUGAAGGAAAGGAACGAAAACCCCCUGUCACCAAGAAAGUUGCUUCCAAAGCAAAAAAACCAGCUUUACUUCAUACUUCUAAGCAGAACCCAUUUUCUCACUUUGGCUCGUUGAGUUUGCACAAAUCUAACAUUGCUUCCUCUUUCAGAAUGGGACCCAAGCCAAAGAGGAGUACAAUAUUGCCAAUUAGUGGUGCUGGAUCACCCCUGUGGGCAACCGAAAAUUUUCAAAAGUGGACUGUGUAUAGAAAGAAGCAGCCUAUGUUCAUAUCAAGACAUGAACGAUCUUUGGUUAUAGACGGUGACUUCAUAUACAUUCUUCCAUUUAGUGACGACAAAGGCGGUAUAUCGGAUGGGAAGACUACUAGUUUCCUUAUUAGCCGGAUCAUCAAGUGCAAACAGAGCCGAAAAUACCCCAACAAUUUCAAAAUUAUUAUCCAGAAGAAUUCCAAGUUUAAAAGAUACGACCUUGAAGCUUUAAACUCGAAACAAUGUAGGGAAAUUGUCAGUAAGAUUAAUUUUUUGAUCACAUAA